CCACCCAGUAAAUAAAAAUUAGAACUAAGACUAAAAACAACACAAACACCCCUUCCCAGAGACGCUGUCGUUUCAACGCCGGUGCCUCUGGUUUCCUCACCUCCAAACGAUGAAGCGACGCGUCAGGUUCUCCCUUCCGGUAACCGUCGUCGUUUUAGCCAUAAUUUAUAUUUACUUCUCCACGAUCUUUGUCUUCAUAGACGGUUGGUUCGGUCUCAUGUCUUCCCCCGGCAUCCUGAACGCCGUCGUUUUCACAGCUGUGGCUUUCAUGUCCAUUUUCAGCUAUGCCGUCGCAAUCUUGACUGAUGCGGGCCGGGUCCCUUCCACUUUCAUGCCCGACAUCGAAGACUCAAGUAACCCAGUCCACGAGAUCAAACGCAAAGGAGGAGACUUGAGAUAUUGCCAGAAGUGUUCCCACUUUAAGCCUCCACGUGCUCAUCAUUGCCGUGUUUGCAAAAGAUGUGUGUUGCGAAUGGACCAUCAUUGCAUUUGGAUAAGUAACUGUGUGGGCCAUGCAAACUAUAAGGUCUUCUUCGGCCUCGUUGUGUAUGCUGUAAUUGCAUGCAUCUACUCCCUGUGGGUGGACACCAAUCGAGAAAGCCUACAACUUCAUUUUCCUCGUGUUUCUCCUUGCUUAAAUUUUCAGGUCUUGCUUGUUGGUAGUCUAACUGUUGACCCUCAAAAGGAUGAGCUGCAAAGUGGUGACUCUUUCAGAACCAUAUAUGUUAUUUCUGGGCUGUUGCUAGUUCCAUUGAGUGUGGCACUUGGUGUUCUAUUGGGUUGGCAUGUAUACCUCAUUUUGCAAAACAAAACCACAAUCGAGUUUCAUGAAGGAGUGAGAGCUAUGUGGCUGGCAGAAAAGGAAGGGCACGUCUAUAAACACCCAUAUGAUGUGGGCGCCUAUGAAAAUCUGACUACGGUCUUGGGUCCAAGUAUAUCCUGCUGGGUGUGCCCAACAUCAGGACAUAUCGGUUCAGGUCUCCGCUUCCGUACAGCCUAUGAUGGUAUGAGCAGUGCAUCUGUGUGAUAAUCAAGUUCUAUUCUGUAUCAGAGUCACUCCGUUGGCAAUAGCAUGGUGUGCAAGACUGGAUGGUUUUUGAUUGAGAUGCUUUUCUUCAGCCCCAUUUAUCUGUGCGGCCAAGCUUUAGCUUGACUUGGUCCACGGAGGAGAAAUGCGCCUCGAAUUGUCACCACUCAACCAUAGAGAACCAAGGGAUGGCCGUUGUCUGCUAUAUUUCAGGGAGGCAAUGUGAUGUGAUCAAGUGUGAAUCAGUUUGGUAUAGAGAGUGCUAUUUCCAAUUUGUGUUUGAGGGGAUUUCGGGAUAAUGUAGAGAUCCUAUGAGGCUGACAAAAGAGUGCACAGUGAGUAAACAAGGAUUUUGAAUCCUUAAACUCGCCUGCAUGAACACCACCAUCCUAGUAACUUAGAAUUGUAAUUAAUAUUUGCAACAACAGACAAAACGAGAAGGAAUAUUAAGCAACUUUGUUUAUUUCUCUUCAUUAUCGUAAUUGAAUCAUACUUUUUCACCAGAUAUCUUUGAUGUAUUGCCUCAUCCUUGUAUUAUGAACUCUGCAAAACGCAUAAAACGAAAAAAUAAUAAUAAUCAUCAUCAUCAU